UUGUGGACUGUGGAAGGUUGCUUUGCUGCUUGGCGCGAAAAUACACGUCAAAAGUUCUUAACCCAAAUGGCUGCGUCAGCGAGUGGCAUAGAUGAGCAGACGCAGAUGGUCCAAUUCGUGAAGAUAAUCCAGCGAUACCCUGACAUCUACGACCACAAUAUGGAGACAUAUCGCCGAUGGACAGCCGACAAGGCUUGGGAAAAGGUUGUUGAAACUGUCAAAAACGAAAUGGAACUGGAUUGCAGUCUUGAAGAACUUAAGAGCAAGUGGAAAGGCAUAAGAUCAUCAUAUAACAGAUUCAAGAAAAAAUAUAUCGAAGAAAAAAAGAAAGGUGCAUUAUUUUCCAAAAAAUAUUAUCUGUACGACUCACUACAAUUUUUAGAGCCAUUCACCAAAUCAAAAGGAUUCAAACGGAAUACUAGUGACAUCCCCGAGAAUGUGUUUGAAAAUUGUGACAACAUAGACGAUGAACAAGAAAGUGUGACUGAGCCUGACAUAAUAUGGCCGGCAGUCAAAAUAAAAUCAGAUCCAACAGAAAACAACGACGAAAAUAACGAAACCAACUCCUACUCCGAUGAUGAUCAAACAGUUGACCAAAAAAAGUAUAAGAAAUUCAAGAAGAGAAAACGUGAGGACAAAGAUACGGGCAACGAUAGUCAAGAUUUACAGUUUUUCAAGAGUAUCCUUCCGGAUAUUGCUGGUUUUACUACAAAGGAAAAGAGGAAGUUAAAAAUAGGCAUAUUGAAAUUAGUCGACGACAUUGAAAACGCGCGUCGGAAAAGAAAACGGAAGUCAGAAUCAGAUAAUUCUUCUAGUUCGGAAUAAAAAAAUACUGAUAUGAACGUGUCUUAGAAAGGUGAGAAAAAGAUUGGUCGCGUAAUGCAGAUUAGUAUCGAGAUUACAAAGGACAAGUAUUUGUUGCAUCUGCAGAUUGAAAUACCUGCCAAAUUUAGCCCCCAACGGAUCCGUAACAAAUCUGAAUAGCGUGAAAACGUACGGGACAUUAGCAUAAUAUAUUACUAAUCGAGCAAGUGCUACGCGGCCUAUUUCAGACAAAUCCUUUCUCGGUAGAUGCGCUUCUACGGGGGCGCCUACCGACAUCCGACGUAUAACGUCUUCUCAUUUGCAUGGAAAUGAGAUCCGUGAACAUUCACGGCGCACCCUCAGUCUUCCGACGCCUUCUUUGCUUAAUUACAACGACGACACAUAAUACGAUGUUACAAUAACUAGGGAGAAAAAGCGAGGUUAUGUGAAGGAUAUGUCUUUAAAA